GUUAUUGUUACUUUUUAUUACUUUUUAUUACUUAAAUGUGUCGGUUCAAAAAUAAAAGUACCUUUGUUCCAGAUAACAAUAAUGAGUCAUUGCAAGCCUUUGAGAAAAUAGUCACACACGAAGUUAAACAACUGUGGGACAAACAUACUGAUGAUUCAAAGAAAACAAAUCUUACGUUUAAAGAAAAACUGGCACUGCGAAAUCUCAGGUCCAAUGACUCAAUUGUUAUAAGGAAAGCCGAUAAAGGAGGGGGAAUUGUUGUUAUGGAUAAAAAUAAAUAUAUGGCAGAGGCAAUUUCACAGGGCACUAUGAAAAAAUUAGUGGGGACCCUUUAAAAAUGAUCAUGAAAGAAAUUGAAUUAGUGGUAGUACAAGCACAAGAAAAUGGGGUCAUACCUAACCAUGUAAAAGAAUUUCUAAUUAGAGAUCAUCCCCGCACCCCAGUACUCUACCUGCUCCCAAAAAUCCACAAAUCCCUCUCCAACCCCCCAGGGAGGCCAAUUGUAUCGGGAAUCGGGUCAGUGUUGGAACCAUUGGCAAAGUUUGUAGAUAGUUUUCUACAACCAUGUGUUAUGGAUAUUAAUACAUGUCUUAAAGACACCACAGAUCUAUUACGCAGACUAGGGGAAAUAAAGGAACUUAAAUCGAAUGUAAUACUAUGCAGUAUUGACAUCCAAAGUCUGUAUACCUCCAUCCCCCAAGAUGAAGGAAUUCGCUAUGUAGAGGAUGCCCUACUGGACACAAAUCUUCCACACCAAUUAAUAUAUUUUUUGGUGGACUGUCUCAAUAUUGUCUUGAAAAAAAACUAUUUCCGAUUUGCAGGUGAAUUCUACUGGCAGAAGCAGGGGACAUCAAUGGGUGCGGCGGUCGCUCCUUCAUUCGCCAAUAUUUUCGUCCACAGAUUAGAAAAACAACUAUUUCUAAUUGAACCAUAUAUCCAACACCUGGUUGGAUAUUAUAGGUUUGUGGAUGAUAUAUUGGUGAUAUGGGAUGGACCGCUAUCUGGGUUUGAGGAUAUGGUGCGAACUGCAAACCAAGCCCACCCUACGAUUAAAUUUACCACAGAAAUAGGGGCACAUAAAAUUAAUUUUUUGGAUGUCACCAUAACAAUUGAGAAUGGUCAAAUAAACACAAACCUGUACCGGAAAAGCACUGACAAAAAUAAUAUUUUGCAUGCCUCUAGCUAUCACACACCCAAUAUAAUCAGGGCCAUCCCGAAAGGCCAAUUUAUUAGAGCACGGAGAAUCUCCACACGAGAGGUAGACUACACAGUGGCAUCUAAUACCCUAAAAGAGCGAUUCAUUAAAAGAGGGUACAAACCAAAAUUGAUUGAGACAUGUGCCAAAGAGGUUCAAAGGAUGCCCAGAGAAAAUUUACUUACCUACAAGACUAAAAACGAACAGAGGUGUCUCCCUUUUGUGAGCCAAUACAAUGAAAACAGCAAAGGGAUUGAACGUAUAGUACAUAGAUAUUGGCCUAUACUAUUACAAGACAAAAUCCUUAGAAAUGUCCUUAUAAAACCUCCACUGUUUAGUUAUACUAAAGGGAAAAGCCUGCGGGACAUCCUGUGUCAGCCAGAGGUCAACCCUGUUAAAAAAGGUGCACAAAGGUUCCUGGGUAAACCACAAAAAGGUACAUUUGCAUGCCUUAACUGCAUCUGCUGCUCUUCUAUAAUUAAAGGGGAAGUAUUACAUCACCCCACACAGGGUACCCCAAUAAAAGUUAGACACUUCGCCACAUGUGAUACAAGUAAUGUUGUCUAUUUACUGAAAUGCCCCUGCGGGAUGGGAUACGUAGGACAGACUGGGAGACCGAUAAAAACAAGGAUCAAAGAACAUAGAGGCAGCAUACGGAACUUUAAAAAGGGAACAUCGACAGAUACUACAGUCUCAAGGCACUUUAAUCUAGCAAAUCAUAAUCUCACCCAGUUAAAAUGGACAGUGCUAGAAACAAUGCAACCACUACAAAGAGGAGGUGAUAUACAGAAAUUCAGACUACAGCGAGAAGCUUUCUGGAUAAAAAAAUUAGACACAAUGCAACCCAAAGGGUUAAAUGAUAGCUGGAGCAUAAAAUGUUUUCUUGGAUAAAAAUUGUUUUCCAUAAUAGGUAUGACUAAUACUCUAUUCUCUUCCUCUACAGAUAAUGAGAUUGUUGGGUAUCCAAUAUAUACAAGCAAGAAAUAGUGAAUUAUACGUAAAAUCCAGAUAUAGGAUUAAGGGUAAGACUAAGGUUUUCUUACUUUAUCAAGUUUCAGUGGUAGGCCCUAAUUAGAGGGCAGUUCCAAGGUUAUUUUUGCCUUUUUAGGCUUUUUUCAGAGAUACGAUGGACUUUUGAAUUAUUUUGUAACACUAUUAUGGACAUUGAAACUAUGCAUAAAUUAGUAUGUAUGCUGUUGUGAAUAUACAUACAUGUAUUCUCUACACCUGCACUUGAUGAACACUUAUGUUAAUUGUGAAAACUAACCCGCCUACCUAGGCGAUGACCUCACUUCCUUGCCACACUAUAAAUGUAUACACUCUGUAUGCCUGUCUAUAACACUUGAUAAAGGGCUACUUAGCCCGAAACAUGUUGUGAAUAAAAGCACUUUGCAGCAAGCUCUGCGUGUCGGCUGACUUCCUGAGUGAACCAUUUGCAACUUUGAUUCGACACACCUGUGGCGGGGGUGCCCACCAGGAUUAACAGCCUUGAAGGACAAAUUCCCUUUGUAGCCAAAGGCAUGCAGGAUGAGAUGGCUUGGGGUCCGUAACCACAGAAUAGAGUCUAAGAUCUUGUUCCAGUGCCGCCAUCACCUACUGUAUGAGGGCAGUAAAGAGUCUACUGAAAUUCAUCUUUGUACUAAAACAAUGAUCAGUACUUUUAACGCCAGUGGUCUUUUUUUUUAAAGGGGUAGUUCGUCUUCAAGUUAACUUUUAGUAUGUAAUAGA